GAUUCAAAUAAACUACAAAAUACUAAAGUAAAUAUUUGUAUCCAACUACAGGUAAUUAACACAUACUUGCCACCUAUGUUCCAAAAUUUUAACUUCAUAAAUCAAUAAGGAUCUUACUUGAGACAAAAACUUGCUUGCUUUAAUUAAAAUCAAAUUUCUUUCAAAUAUUUCAUUUUAGAUUACUUUUUUGAGUGGCAUUAACCAAGGAGAUCUAAAAUGAGCAAUCACCCGGCCAGUAAGAGGAAGGAGAUCUACAAGUACACUGCGCCAUGGACGCUCUACAGCAUGAACUGGUCCGUGCGACCUGACAAGCGCUUCAGGCUGGCUGUGGGGAGCUUCGUGGAGGAGUACAACAACAAGGUGCAGAUCGUGCAGCUGGACGAAGAGACGUCCGAGUUUGCCGUCCGCUCCACUUUUGACCACCCGUACCCCACCACCAAGAUCAUGUGGAUCCCUGACAGUAAGGGACUGUAUCCGGACCUGCUGGCAACCAGCGGAGACUACCUGCGGGUGUGGCACCAGACAGCUGACGGUGAGGCCCGCAUGGCCUGCCUCCUCAACAACAACAAGAACAGCGACUUCUGCGCCCCCCUCACCUCCUUCGACUGGAACGAGAUCGACCCCAACCUCAUCGGCACCUCCUCCAUCGACACCACCUGCACCAUCUGGGGGCUGGAGACUGGCCAGGUGGGUGGACACCUCCUGCACCAUCUGGGGGCUGGAGACUGGCCAGGUGGGUGGACACCUCCUGCACCAUCUGGGGGCUGGAGACUGGCCAGGUGGGUGGACACCUCCUGCACCAUCUGGGGGCUGGAGACUGGCCAGGUGGGUGGACACCUCCUGCACCAUCUGGGGGCUGGAGACUGGCCAGGUGGGUGGACACCUCCUGCACCAUCUGGGGGCUGGAGACUGGCCAGGUGGGUGGACACCUCCUGCACCAUCUGGGGGCUGGAGACUGGCCAGGUGGGUGGACACCUCCUGCACCAUCUGGGGGCUGGAGACUGGCCAGGUGGGUGGACACCUCCUGCACCAUCUGGGGGCUGGAGACUGGCCAGGUGGGUGGACACCUCCUGCACCAUCUGGGGGCUGGAGACUGGCCAGGUGGGUGGACACCUCCUGCACCAUCUGGGGGCUGGAGACUGGCCAGGUGGGUGGACACCUCCUGCACCAUCUGGGGGCUGGAGACUGGNGGCGGCCGCGACAUCUUCUGACAUGUUGAGCUGCUUGGACGCCUUCCUCACUAAACUCCCCUCUCUCCGUCUACCCUCUUACGGCUUAAUGCCCCCUUCACGCCCCCCUUACGCCCUUAAUGCCCCCUUCACUCCCCCAACGCACCCAAUGCCCCCCUAA